AUGGAUAACAAGGGGAAUUUACAGCACGAAUGGAAUCUUUCCCCCAGAAGCUACUGUGAGCGGGAACUUACGCUCCUUAAAAAAGCAAAAUCGCCCAUACCGUUGCAGGUGUCUAUCCGACAAAUGGACGGCGAAACACUUCUGAGCACAAACAUUAACUAUGGAAUAUCGCUCAGUGAAACCAUUGAAGCUGCAACUCCAUACACUGGAGCAAAUAUGGGCCCAUUUCUUGUCCGGUUGUACGAAAGUUACCGAACAAAUGGAAUGAAGCCGUCGCAGAUCCGAGGAUACAUCCUCAAGUUAGGCUACAGUCCCGAUAAAGUCAAUAUAUUCAGCUGGUAUAGCGCUCAAGAUAUGCAGUGUUUCCAGAGGAUACUCACUGGCAUGGACGAAGUAAUAGUGGAGCGCCGGAGCCAUUUACCAUGCAAGAAUUUCAACACGAUUAAUAUUGCAGCGCUUAUGUCGGAAGCUUUUGCCAGUAGGGUUCCAGUCUCGAAAGGGGCGUGGUCGAUAAUAUCCUUCCGGAUUGGGUAUAGACUCGUAUUCCACAAUCACGAAUCGUGCAGCAGUGUAUCCCGUGUGGGCCUCUACGAAGCUCCUAUCAUUGCUGGGGGUUUCGCAGGAAUGUAG